CUCAUAACAGCCUAAGCAUUACGAAACUUCUAUUAGAUCAAAUAAGCCUCACGUAUCAAAAUAGAAAUGCAUUUUUUUAUAUUGACUAAAUUCGACACUAAAUGUCUCCCAUACAAAAACUCUUCACUUGCUUAAUAAUUUAUUAUUUGCUGAACGUGGAGAGAUUUUGGGCGGAGUAAACCUUCUCGUUUUGCCUCUUCCUCUCCGAUUUGGCUCAAAUAAGAAGAGGCGUGAACGUCGGGUGGCUUUGCUGUUGAACAGGUCAUGUCGGUAAAGAUGGAAAUGGAUGUCAGUGGCGUGUCCAGGACACCCAUCUCUGUUCUACCUGCUGCUGCAGAGGUCAAAGCCAUGCUGAAACCCGAUACAGGGGACAGGCCCCGCUGUGCCAGCACCCCCUGCUCCCCCAUCAAAAGUACUGUUUCAGGCUUCCAGAUUCUCCACAUGGACUCCAACUACCUAGUCGGCUUCACCACCGGCGAGGAGCUGCUAAAACUAGCCCACAAGUGGUCUCCCAACCCAGAGAAGACCCUUAUCACCACACCGACCACCACAACGUCAACAGCAUCAGAGGCCUUGCCCAGUUCUGUCCCCAAACCCAUGGACUUGGGCAUCCACCGGGCGUCGCGCAUCUACAAAGCCAAAAACCGCUACUACCAGCCAUACGACAUCCCUGUGGUCAACGGGCGCCGGCGUAGGCGCAUGCCCAGCUCAGGUGACCCCUACCUCAGGCCCCUGUCCCAAGGGGAGGGUGGCCCAGGGAGGGCCCUGCACCACGGCCCCCUGCCCCUCUGCCUUCUCAAGGGGAAGAGGGCCCAGUCCAAGUCCCUGGACUACCUCAACCUGGACAAAAUGAGUGUCAAGGAGCCUCCGGCCGACACAGAGGUGCUGCAGUUCCAGCUACAGCACCUGACGCUGCGGAGCGAGCGCAUGUUCACCAGGAACAAGACAUGAAGCAACACCCGCCUGUUCUCUCAUCCACUCCCAUGGGAUUUGGGUGCUAUUUCCGGCUGUGCGUUUCUCUCCCUACUCAGAUCAUAGGAUAGUCCUUUAAGGGGACACUUGCGGAGACCACUAAUCUUGUUAUUAUUAUGAAGCGAGGGUGACAAACUAAGCGGGUCUCUUGACGAAAUGAGACGCAUGCUUACGUAUACGUAAAAAUCCAGUGAACACAAAUUGUUAAGUUAGUACACUGAAAACGGGGUUCGUUUAGAUACAAAAAUGUGAAGUUCGUCAGGAUUAGCAAUAACUGGUAAACGUAUUUAUUGACUGUGUGUGUGUAUGUGUGUGCGCGCGCACCUUUUUAAAAAUGGUAAGGGAUGUGUAACCAAUGCCUCUCCAACUGGCCCCUUUUUUUCUGCAUUGGACUGCACUGUUAGACAUAUUAUGUUUUUACAGACCUUGCAUCCUCAUCUACAGCACACCUUUACUUUUUAACCACUAUACGUCCAUAGCAAUUAGCAUUAGCCGCAGCAGUACUGCACUCUACAUCCAUAGCAAUUAGCAUUAGCCCCAGCAGUACUGCACUCUACAUCCAUAGCAAUUAGCAUUAUUGGCAGCAGUACUGCACUCUACAUCCAUAGCAAUUAGCAUUAGCCCCAGCAGUACUGCACUCUACAUCCAUAGCAAUUAGCAUUAGCCCCAGCAGUACUGCACUAUACAUCCAUAGCAAUUAGCAUUAGCCUCAGCAGUACUGCACUUUACAUCCAUACCAAUUAACAUUAGCCUCAGCAGUACUGCACUUUACAUCCAUACCAAUUAGCAUUAGCCCCAGCAGUACUGCACUUUACAUCCAUACCAAUUAGCAUUAGCUCCAGCAGUACUGCACUUUACAUCCAUACCAAUUAGCAUAAGUCCCAGCAGUACUGCGCUAUAUGUCCAUAGCAAUUAGCAUUAGCCAAAACAGUACUGCGCUAUACAUCCAUAGCAAUUAGCAUUAGCCCCAGCAGGACUGUAUGUAAGCUACUGUAUGUCUGUAUGUGUGAGGAUGUAUAGGGGCAGCAGGUAGCCUAGUGGUUAGAGUGUUAGACCAGUAACCGAAAGGUUGCAAGAUCAAAUCCCCGAGCUGACAAGGUAAAAAAAAGUGUCAUUCUGCCCCUGAACAAGACAGUUAACACAACUGUUCCUAGGCCAUCAUUGUAAAUAAGAAUUUGUUUCUUAACUGACUUGCCUAGUUAAAUAAAGUUUUUUUUUUAAAUGUGAAAGCUCACUCCGCUACACUACUAUUUUGCUCUUGCCAAGCACCAGGGAAAUGUGGGUUUAAUGUAAACCACUGACUGUUACACAAUCAAAAGGUUAUUUAAAACAGAAUACUGUAAGGGGGCAAUCUGCAGUUACUGCAUCCAUUUUUGGACUUAUAAAUUGAUGAUACUCAUUGAUUCUUGAAGAAUAUAACUUUUAAAUGCCUCAUGAGCUUUAGCUCAACUGUCGUAGCCCAUCAGAACUUAAAAUAUAUGCUUGUUUUACUCCACUGUUUGUAAACGGUAAAUAUAAACAAACACUAUAUAUAUAUCCUCAAAACAUGGUUAAAACUAUCAUUUUCUUAUCAGUGGUGGUCAGUCCUUGCAUUCAUAUCUAUGAAUUUGAGUGUGGUUACAUUUCUGCAGCCCCAUCCCUCAGCUUUUUACCGAAACGGGGGCAGGGGGUACGCUUUGUUAUUGCUUCAACUGCUGAUUGCUGCUCUAAGAGGAUUUGUGGGGGAGAGGCUUACCGUCAGAGUGCCUGAGGUGAGAUUAGCUCCUUACAUACAGAAUUAAUCCCCUCACUCCAUUUCUCCCAGUCAGACUGAAUCCUCAGCAGGAGUGAGGGGUUGAAUUAGGAGAUUCCAGAUUUUCUGCAUCUAGACGUUGUGUCCAUCAUUCUGAAUCCCAGUCAUUCUUUUCAUUUCCUGAAUGGGAGGGAUGGGUGUUUUAGCCUGGGUAAAAGGUUAUCAAUUUAGUUUGAUGUUUUUGCCACCCCUUCAUAAAGGUGUGUAGAGCACCUGAAACACGUACCGUAGCUAUGGAAACCAAAGGAGGAUUAUUUUGGAUGCCCUGGGAAAACUUGACCACAUUGUAAUAUGAUCUAUUUGGGGUUUCGUAGGACACGUGACAAUCAUUUUGAGGUGUAAUCUUGGAGAACACCUUACUUGAAGUAGCCCUGACCUAAUGCCCUCAUAACAAAAUCAUUUGCAUGAUAUAAAUUAUCUGAUAGUCUCUUACCAAUGACAAUGUACCUAUUAUAAGCCAUAUGACAUAUAAUGGUAACUGUACACUGAGUGAACGAAACAUUAAGGACACUUUACUAAUAUUGAGUUGUCAACACAUGACAGUAAAGUGCACCAUCUCAUGACUAUACAAUUCUGGUCUUUCCCAAUACUGUAAUUCACCAAGCGACCAAAAUUGUGACAUUUUUGGAAAGAUCACCUUCCUUUCCUCCAGACAUGCAAAACUACAGCUAGGCAGGGUAUUGGUCCAGACAUUUACACUGAGUGUACAAAAUAUUAAGAACACCUUUCUAAUAUUGAGUUGCACCCCCUUUUGCCCUCAGAAUAGCCUCAAUUCGUUGAGGGUGUGGACUCCAGAAGGUGUCGAAAGCGUUCCACAGGGAUGCUGGCCCAUGUUGACGCCAAUGCUUCCCACAGCUGUGUCAAGUUGGCUGGAUGUUCUUUGGGUGGUGGACCACUCUUGAUACACACGUGAAACUGUUAAGCGUGGAAAAACCCAGCAGCGUUGCAGUUCCUAACACAAACCGGUGCAUCUGGCACCUACUACCAUUCCCCGUUCAAAGGCACUUAAAUAUUUUGUCUUGCCCAUUCACCCUUUCAAUGGCACACAUACACAGUCCAUUCCUCAAUCAGUCAGUCUAUGUCAUGAAAGACCAGGUGUCCAUAAUGUUUUGUACACUCAGUGUACAUGUAUAUUGUACAUGUAUAUGCCUUUUCAUGCUUUAUAUGGUUUGGUGUGACUUUCAAAUUCUACUAUUAUGGGUUUAAGCUCUUUUUCAUCAUGCUUCUCUUUUCCACGCUAACGUCUUUGUGUCAUAGGACAAGAAAAUAACCUCCAAAAACCAUACAAGGAAAUACAUUUUCAAAGUUAGGAACUGCAUCCAUCUUCUCUGUGUGUUCUCCAUUGUGUUUGUGUCAGUGUCGUUUGAGUAAAAGGUUAUUGGACCCUUCUAGAUGGUUCAUGGGUUAGGGUUAGUCACCUGUCUGUCUUCACUCUAAAUGGGUUUACAGAAAUUGCUUCAUCUGUAUUUCCAUUAAAAAAAAGGUGUUUAAUGUAACUAUAUUAUUAUUUAUUUUUUAUAUCAUUUUUUAUUUCUAGUUGUAAUUGAUCUGAAGUCAUGGAUGACAUCGAUAUUGGUUUAAUAUAAAAAUGGCAGUAUAGGCUAUGUUUACCUGGAGUGGACACUUAAAGGCACCUUAACCCGACGUAUGAAUGGUGAUGUGUACUUUUUUAAGGGUGCAGAUCACAACAGCAGCUAAAGAUAAAAACUCAUUCAUUUGAACAAACACUCCCUGAAUAACGGUGAUAUGUUUUCACCAAACACUUGGAAAUGUUCUCUGGUGAAAUAUAUUCGGUAUUAUCAAUAACCGUCAACGAUUUGCUCACAGAUGUGACUGUGUUUGCAGUGAAUAUUUGGUGGCUUCUUAGUUGUGAUGUUUAGAAUGUGUUGAUUUAACAGUUUAACCUUAACAGUGUUCGUACCGCAUCAUAUUAAUUGUAUACAGUAGAAAUUAACAGUUUUACUUUGGCCAUCAUGAAGGAAAACGCUACUUGAACAACACGUGUUUUAAUAUGCCAUUCAAUGCUAGAUAUUGUAAGACUGUGUCAGUUCUAAACAGGAAUAUCCAAUGCAUUAUGGGAAUUAAUAAUAGACUACAGUAAUUCUGGACUGAGAUGCCCAUUUAAUAGAGAAUCUCCAUUGAACAUGGUUUUUAGGCCAGGACUGUUAUUAAUCUGUGAUCUGAAAACUGGACCUCGAUGUUCACAGUAAAGCAUUGUCUUCAUAAUUACAAUGUGGGUUGAAAUGUGAUAUUUUCCUGCAUGACCAUUAACCACAACAAUGUAACAAGGAAGUUGCAUCGCAGGUCAACAGUGCUUUUCAGUGACUCAUUUUGACUUCAUGUUCAUAGGCUUGUGUGGAACUUUGUCAUUUUAUUCCUACAAAAGGUUUAUUGUCAUUUUGACUUUCUGGUCAAAUCUUUCACGCCGCUUGUAUACUGUAGUUUAGCUACCUAAAAGCAUUUGUUUUGUUUUCUACUGUGUCUAUUUAUGCCCUGCAAUGCGACUGACUUACGUUUUAUUAUGUUUCACUUUGUUAUUAAAACACUACUACGCUC